AUACAUUAUGACAAAAAUAUAUACUCGAAAAACAAAAUGAUUUCAAAUUUUCGAGUAGCUAACAGUUUGACAAACUAUACGACAAGGAAUUAUUAACCCAUUAUAAGCUAAAUACAUAAUAAAAAAUAAAAAUAACAAAUUUAAAUGUAAAUUAUCUUAUAUUACUUAUUUUGUAAACUGUUAUUGUUAGGUUCCUCUUUUCUUUUAAUUGUAUAAUUACGUGUGAUUAGAUUAACCUAUUCUUACAUUUGAUAAGUCUAUAAAAUAAAUUAUAAUUUAUUUAAUGACAUAAUAUUCCAACUAUAAACAAUUAUAAAAAAAUAUAGUGACACUGUAUUUUCGAUAUAUUUGAAUUUGUAUGAUAAAUAACUUAAUCGUAAUUGCUAUAUACACUUAUACGGUAGCAAUGAGAUCAUGUCUAUUCAUAUAUGUCUAAUACUUGAAAUCUCUAAUACUAUGAUCAUUAUUGAUAAAAAAAAAAUAAUAAAGCUGAACAACAUUUUAUUAACAAUACAAAAAAGCCAAAGUUUUAUGUCCUCAAGUGGUUGUUAACUAAGAGACAUUAUUGAAUAAUACAUUAAAUAUUAUACAAUAUUAUACAGUACAGCAUUAAUAUCUAAAUAAAUAUUUAAUGUAUAGUAAUUACUCGAGAAGCAUUUCAAUGUAGGUACUCAACUUGUAGCGUGUUCGGGAUAUAUUUAAAAUCAAUAAAAAUAUGAAAAAAUAAAUCGAUUUUAAUGUCUUAUCGCGAGAACGAUAACAAUUAUGUUUCGAGCGUCAACACGAAUAUUUAUCAGCAGUGCGCUUUAAACAAAUGAUUUGUUAACACGAUUUCCAUUGAAAUGGAAUAUAAUUGUAAUUUGUAAGAUAUAUAAUUCCACGAAUCAUACUCGCAAGUGUAUCGAACUACAAGUUCCAACUGCAAGGUCCAAAAUGCGUCUACCCGACGUGAACGUAAAACUGCUGCCCAUCAAAGCGCAUUUUUUCCUCAUGAAUGGUGGCACGACGCCGCUAACACCAUACCUAACCACCAUAGCCAAGCAACGGGGUUACUCUGCCAGGUUGGUGGGCGCUGUCUUCUCAGUGCUACCCCUCACCGCAGUGUUGGCCCGCCCCAUUUUUGGUGCUGUUGCCGAUCACUACCGGUGUCAAAAGACCAUGUUCCUGAGCUUCAUAGUAGUUAUCACCCUGAUAACCACUUCCUACAAGUUCAUUCCCGACCAACCAGUGGAUGUUAGCAACGAGCGGGAUGAAACAGCAUUGACCACUCACCAAUUCUGGUUGUUUUGCUUUUUCUUGGUGGCCAGAUACGUCUCGAACAGCGUGGUCACAACUUUAUCGGAAACUAUAUGCUUGCAAAACUUGGGUAAAGACACGCACAAGUUUGGACAACAACGAUUGUGGGGCUGUAUUGGUUGGGGUUCGGUGUCUAUGAUGAUGGGUUGGUUGAUCGACUGGUAUAGUAGUGGAAGUAUGGUCAAAGACUAUACGCCUGGAAUCAUCGUAUCAGUAGUUUUCUUGUUGGCAGACUUACUGGUUGCUUUUAAAAUAGAAGAUUGUCAAAGUGAUGUUGUAUCAAAACAUAUUUUCAAGGAUCUUAAAAAAGUGUUCAAAGAUAAUAAAGUUGUAUGUUUUCUUGUUUGGGUAGUUUUUUUUGGAAUUUUUUAUGGAAGUAUUUCACUUUAUUUGCUAUGGCACAUGGAAGAACUAGUCACAAAGUAUCACCCAGAAAAAUAUUCUUCAAUAAAAACAAUUCAAGGAACACUGAUUGCUGUGAAAUGUUUUGGAGGUGAAGCGCCAUUUUUCUUUUUAUCUGGUAAAAUAAUUAAAAAAGUUGGUCAUCUGAAUUCAAUAGUAAUUGGUCUUGCUACAUUAUCUUUGAAAUUUUUUCUAUACUAUAUUAUCAAAGAUCCAGUGUGGGUUGUGCCCGUAGAAAUAUUGAGUGGUCUAGGUUUUGCGUUACCGUAUACGGCAAUGACAGCUUAUGGAUCAAUGUUAGCACCAGAAGGACUCAAAAGUACCGUUCAAGGGUUAUUUAGCACAUUCUUUCAAGGAGUAGGUGUAAGUCUUGGAAGUCUUAUAACGGGCUACCUCUUCAACGAAUUGGGUAGCAGUUAUACAUAUCUCGUUCUGAGCAUAUUGGCAUUAGUCGUUUGUUGUAUACAAACUUUGACGAUCCGGAUUAUGGCUAAAACUACGAAAUUACAAGAUAAUAGUAACGUCAAUACCGAAGCCUAAAGUGGAAAUUAUUUAAGCAGAAGCUAUCUACCCCAAUGUGUUAUCACAAUGACUGACAUAACAACGCAAACCAUAGAAUUUUACGUCCAGAAUUAUCAAUUUUACUCUAUAUUUUUUUUUUAUUAAACAAAUAUUUAAGUGUAUAAAUAUAUUAUUAUUUUUAUUUAUUUA